AUUCUAAUUCCUGUCCACAACCCCCAGAGUCUGUUCUCGGGCUGCCGGAUUGGAUUAAUGAUGACAAACACAAACAGGAAUCAGAUGACCGAGAGGAUCCUGGAUCUGACCCUGGAGGUCAACUACCUGCUGACUGGAAAGGAUUAUGUUAUCACAAAGAGACCUGGUGAGUCUAAACUACAGAACUGCAAUCUCCAUGUGGCUGAAGGACCCAGCAGGGCCCAGAGUCCUAGCACUGUGGCUUCACCUCACUCACUGAUCCAUGAGGGAAGCAAUGACCAGAAGAUCCUGGAACUGACCAAUACGAUCAUCCACCUGCUGACUGGAGAGGUGUGGGCUUAUUUAAAAGGACACAAUGAAUCCUCCAGAGAUGUGGAGACUCACAGGCAUCUCAACUUACUGGAUGAUUCUGUGAGCCAAGCUGAAGUUGAUGGGUUUCACACUCACGUUUCUUCACCAAACCAAGGAACAAACUGCAUGACAAUGAAUAAAACCAGGAAUACACCGCGUACAUCUGUGAAACAUGGGAGUGUUCUAAAUGAAGAAAGACAUUUGAAGAAAACAGAUUCAAACAUUUGUGCAGACACAAGAACUAUAGAAUCAGAAUCCAGUCCUACGGACGACUCAACCUUAGGAGAAGCAGGGCAUCAUGCAGACACUCGUAAUUAUACAUCUACUUAUACUACGGAGGAAACCGAAAAUUGCAAAGGAAGAACUCACAUUGACGUUUAUACAUCCAUACAACACACACAGACCGAAUAUCCAUCUACAAAAAUUAAAGAGGAAUUGGCUUCCUGUGAAGAAGAAAAUCCCACCGACACGGACAUUGGUACACCAUCAAAGCAUGCACAGACAGAAUAUUCAUCUACUCAUAUUAAGGAGGAAUUAGUCUCAGGUAAAGGGGGAAAUAUCACGGACACUGGCAGUUAUACACCCAUGGACUAUACAUGUACUCGUAUUAAAGAGGAAAUCGUAUCAUGGGAAGAGGGAAAUAUCAUAGCCACUGAAAUAUUUGCACCAAAUGAAUAUUCACAUACCGAAUAUCCUCCUACUCAUAUUAUGGAACAAUCAAGAUUCUAUAAUGAAGGAAAUCUUCUAACUACUGAUAUAAAUAAACAGACAGAAUAUACAUCUCUUCAUAUUAAGGAGGAAUUGGCCUCUUUUGGAGAAAAUAAUCUCACCUAUCCAGACAUUCAAACAUCCUCUUGUUCUAAUGGGAUACAAAACAGCUUUCACGAUCUAUUUCUCGCCAAACAUCAGACCGUUCAUAAUGGAAAGAAAAUGGCGUGUUUGCAAGCUCACAGGAUUCGCCGUGGAGAAAAAUCAUUUUUUUGUUCUGAAUGUGGAAAAUGUUUUAAAUUGAAAGCGUCUCUCAACAUACAUAAGAUGAUUCACACCGGAGAAAGGCCCUUUUCAUGUUCUGAAUGUGGGAAAAGUUUCAAAGUGAAAGCAUCUCUUAACACGCAUAAGAUGAUUCACACAGGAGAGAAACCCUUUUCUUGUUCUGACUGUGGGAAAAGCUUUACAUUGAAAACUACUCUUAACAUGCAUAAGAUGAUUCAUACUAAAGAGAAACCAUUUCCAUGUUCUGAAUGUGGAAAAUGUUUUAGACUGAAGUCGUCUCUUAACUCACACAGGAUGAUACACGCUGGAGUGAAACCAUUUUCCUGUUCACAGUGUGGAAGAUGUUUUACAGAUAAAUCAAAUCUUGCAUCUCAUAAAAGGAUCCACUCUGGAGAGAAACCCUUUUCAUGUUCUGAUUGUGGGAAAUGUUUUAAACUGAAGUCAUCUCUCAAAAAGCAUUACGCAGUUCACAGUGGAGAGAAACCGUUUUCGUGUUCUCAAUGUGGAAAAUGCUUCACCCACAAAUCAAAUCUUACCUCUCAUCAGAAGAUUCACUCAGGAGAGAAGCCAUUUUCUUGUUCUGAAUGUGGGAAAUGUUUCACCCGUGAAUCCGUUCUUAAGGGUCAUCAAAGGAUUCACACAGGAGAGAAGCCGUUUUUUUGUUAUGAAUGUGGGAAAAGAUUUACAGAUCGAUCAAAUCUUUUUCACCAUCAGUUAGUUCACACGAAAGAUAAACCAUUCUCAUGUGCUGAGUGUGGCAAACGUUUUGUUCGCAAAACCGAUUUUAAUCGACAUCAGAGUAUUCACAAAGAUGUGAAGCCAAUUUUGUUAUGAGUGUAAAAUAACUGAGAUUAUUUUUUUCUGUUACAAUGUUUGUUACAUGUAAAAAGAACUAAUAUAAACAAAGACAUUGUUGAAUUUAAAAUGGACAUUAGGGAACUGAAGUAGGGUUGCAGCCUCCCAAAAUCUAUUUCUGUUAUCUUUAGAUCAACCUGGAUUCGUCUGCUAUUCUCCAACCUGCUGUUGGAGAGAAUAUGUCCAAUCAUUGACAUCAUAUGCACAUACAUUAGCUGUCUCCUUCGAGUGUCAACCAGUCACAGUGCAGCAGGAAAUCUAAUCCAAGCUCUCUAUGAGAGAGAUACUGAGUCCAGGGGUGAGAAA